GGGGCGGCGGCCGCUCAGCCCCAGAGCUGCGCCAACAUGGACUGCGGAGUCAUCACCUCCAAGACCGUGCUGCUGCUGCUCAGCCUCGCCUUCUGGGCGGCAGCAGCAGGCCUCAGCUAUGUCGGGGCGUACGUCAUCCACACCUACAAGAGCUACGACAGCUUUCUGCAGGACAAGUACGCCCUGCUGCCGGCCGUGAUCAUCAUUUGCGUGGCCGCGGUGAUGUUCAUCAUCGGCCUGAUCGGCUGCUGCGCCACCUUCCGCGAGUCCCGCGUGGGCCUGGGGCUGUUCUUGGCCAUUAUCCUGGUUAUCUUCAUUGCAGAAGUGUCCGCUUUUGUCUUUGGAUUUGUUUACAGAGAAAAGGUAAAAACUGAUGUGCAAGGUACAAUGCGCUCCAUCUUUGAGAAGUAUGAUGGCCAAAACCCAGAGUCUAGGGUUGUGGAUUACUUGCAAGAACAGCUUCACUGCUGCGGGGUUAAGAACUACAGCGACUGGACCACCAGCCAGUGGUUUAAUUCCACUGGGAACAACAGUGUUCCUCAGAGCUGCUGCCAGCAAGAGGCCAAGAACUGCACGGGGCACCUGGAUCAGCCACAGGAACUCAACACACGGGGCUGUGCUCAGGAACUGGAGUCUGGGCUGCAGAGCGUUAUCAGCUAUGCCAUGCUUGUAAUCCUGGGGUUUGCCAUCAUAAAGUUCUUCGGCAUGCUGAGUGUCUGUGUGCUUACUUGCAAGAAGGAAGAAAGUGGGUAUCAGCCUCUUAACUCAUGGGUGUUUGCCUAAUAAACCGAGUACAACCUUGCUUCCUGACGAUGAAACUGACUUGUGAUCACACCACAGCUUUCUGAAAUGUUAUGCUAAGUUUGGACCUGUGACUACUGAUAGUACUAGGUGGUGCAGUAGGCUCCAGAAAGAAACUUUCUUCUGACCUUUUUUCCUCUGCCCCAAAAACAUGCAGCAGAAACUUUAUCUUUUAAUCAACAAAAUGAUGGAGACCUCAGGAGGGGUUUCAGUUGCCUGCACAAACCUCAGAUCACUCCCCUGAUGUGGUUUAAACAAUAAAAGAAACUUCUGAAUGCCAGGUUUAAAUACUUUUCAUAGGCAUGGGGAUUGGUAGUAUAGUUUUUUCUAUGUCUGAUUGUGCAGUUUCAGAUUUUUUUCCCCUUUCGUAUGUCACAUGUUGUAAUUCUGUUUACUGCAGAGGUUGUUAGUGCAAGACAACCCCGCGCCUAAAGUCUAGAAGAAGCAUUUGUGUGGUUGUUUGGAGCAGCUAGCAAAGAUGAAAAACCCCAGGUUUUGAGCUUUUGGGCUCAGAACGCUCUCUUUGGUUUGUUUCUAAUCUCUUAAUUAUUGACAUUAAAAAUUCCUUAUGAAGCUGGGCUUUUGAACAUUUUCCUCCUCCUUUUUCUAUGGUUUGCCUGGGGGAAUUAGUGCCACGUUUCCACCCUGACCAUGUUUUUCUGCUAAAAUACUAAGAAGAUACAAUCUUGUACUAAGCAAUUUCAAUAAUAUGCUGUAGCACUGCUUUUGUACAUUUCUGUUCUCCUUAGUUCUGCUGGACACAGAUUGGAUUGUAUCCCUGCUUUAACACAGUCCUUCUUUAACUCGUUUUUAUGUUAAUCUAUUUAUAAGCUUUUCAGAAUUUUGGGGAUAGAGAACAGAGGGAACUGUGAGCUUUUAUGUAUCAGGGAAUUGUGGAAAAGCAAGACAUUCUGCUGAUUCGUUCCUUGGAGAGAUAAGCAGCCUGUCCUCAGUAAAAUAAACCCUUAUAUUUGUGGCUAAAAAGAAAAAAAAAAAAAAAAAAGCUAAAAAGGAAAAAAAAAAAAAGGGAUCAGUUAGUGUAAACUGUUUAAUUAUCUCCAUCCCUACCGCAAGAGAAAAAAAAAAAAGCAGCAACGGGUGACAAUGUCCUAUAGAAGACACACCAGCAUGAGCAUAUGUAUGUAGAAAACUGAUUUUUUUAUUGAGGGCUUUGUCUUCUGUUAAAUGCUGAAAUAAACUGAAUUUAUACAACCAA